AUGGAGAAACAAGGUAAAGGGGAACUUCACAAAUAUGGGAGAAGGAAUGAAGCCAGAGGAAGAAGAAAGAGGCAAAGCAAUUGUCUAAAACUUUGCCACAUUUUAAGAGUCUGGACUAAAAUUUUAUAUGACAAGAAUCUGCCACUGACAAUUAUUUUGAAGUUUGUCAAAAAGGGUAAACUGCAGCAAGUUCUGUGGCAUGCUUGUGAAUAUCAGAUAUAUCUACCAAGUUGUUUUCAACUAGUACUCCAAGUUGGUGAUUCAACAACUCACGUGUAUCCUGUCAUACAGACAAGCGAAUACCUGGUUGAUUACAUACAAAAUCUCAGUGCAAAACUUUUGACUUCCCUCAAUACAGAAUUUGCAUGCAAAGAUUUCUUCCUUGAUUUACAGAAAUGUUCAUUUUGGAGGUUUGGACUAAGCAACAAAUUUGAAGCUGAAUUUCCUUCAUCAUUGACAGGAAAGGUUGCACCUGAAGAAUUUAAAGCCAGCAUCAGCAGAGUUAACAGUUGUCUUAAGAAGAACCUUCCAGUUAAUGUCCGAUGGCUACUUUGUGGCUGCCUUUGUUGCUGCUGUACAUUAGGUUGUAGUAUGUGGCCGGUUAUUUGCCUGAGUAAAAGAACACGAAGAUCGAUUGAGAAGUUAUUAGAAUGGGAAAACAAUAGGUUAUACCACAAGCUGUGCUUGCAUUGGAGACUGAGCAAAAGGAAAUGUGAAACGAAUAACAUGAUGGAAUAUGUCAUCCUGAUAGAAUUUUUACCAAAGACACCAAUUUUUCGACCAGAUUAGCAUUUGCUUUAUUUAUAGAGACUUAUCCAAGUAUGUUGUCUUUCCAAUGGUGCCUUGCUUGGUGCUCUCAUGGUGGUGACAUAGCAUUGGUUCUACAGAUUAUUGUGGUGGUUUUUUUUUCUUUCUGUUUUUUUUAAUAAUGGCAUGUUCUAAGUGCAUUUUGUCAAAAUUUGCAAAAGUCAUUUCAUGCAAAUGUUUAACUACUACUUAAGUUAUUACUUGUACUUUUUAUGUUAAUGUAUCUUGAUUUUUGGAGAAUCUUUUAUAUGUGUGUGUGUAUAUACAGAACUAUAAAUAUACAGCUGAAAAUAGCUUAUAAGUGAGCAGAUAUUUUUUUACUCCAUAAUACACAUAAUGAGUUGAUUAUAAAUUGUGGUAGUUCUUUUAAUUUUUAACCUAAGUAACUUCUAUGACCAUCUGCAGAUUUUACUGGUGACAUGUAUACUAGUUGUAUAUUUUUACUUUCCUAUCUUUCUCUGGAUGGGAUGCGGGAGGAAAUAUCAUUCUUCCCCCUCUACUGGGAUAAUGACUUACAUUUGUUUGAAACUGUCCAUUUUGGAACCCAAAUGUCAAUGCUUCAUUAGAAGUCUCUGUGCUCUUUUGUGAAGAAAUCUAUCAGCUGGUUCUGAAGAAGUUCUACUUGAAGAUUAAUAAACCAGAAUUCGAAGUAUUGUACUCAAACUAGAAAAAAAUCACAAAGGUUUGCAUGCAUCUGAUGACUACUAGAGCUCAGGAUCACAAAAAUACAUUAAUAUUGCAACUUACAAUGUAUAUAUCUUAAUUCAGGCUGAUGCCAUGUAACAGCUUUACUAUUUUCUUCUUAUUGUUCACCAGAUCUUGUACACAAGGGUGCAAAACUAUUUUUCAGUGAAUUUAUUAUCCCAAUAAAAUAUUUUUAAAGGUUUUAUUUAAAUAAAUUUAUAACCUCACAUAGGCAGUUGUUUGAGAGAGAUUUUGAGAAACACAGGUCCAGACACAAAUGUGGGCUGAUGCCAUGUAUCACAAAAUUUAAUCAAAGCUGGGUGCACUGGAGAAUUUAAGAAAUAUAUUGGAUAAAUAUUUAUUGCACCCUUGUUUCUUCCCAGUUUGUUUUACAAGGUAUUAUAUUCUGCACAAAUAUGAUUUAAAAACCUGUAUAUAUAUGAUAUAUGCUUGGGUCAGGCCUUUCUAUUUCAUUCUGUUAUUUAUCUCACUUAGUUGUACAUAUCUUCAUGUAUAUUUUGUUUUUAAUAGCUACUUGGUAAUCUUAUUUUUAUGUUUGUUCUUUGUAUGUCUGGAAUAACUGUACAUGAACAUAAAUGUAAGCUAAGAAACUGUUCCCCGUAGAUCUGUGGUAGCAAGCAAUAAUGUGAAUAAUUAUGACAAACAAAUAUACUCUGCUUAGUAUUUGUAUCAAUGAAAAGUUGACAUCACUACAAGAAUAGCUUUCUCUUUUUACUUUUUUAAAUGCAAGUUUCAUUUUUCAUUACCAAAAACAAGUACCCGGGUGUUUAUGAACUAUUUUUGUAUACUUCUUCAAAAUAGUUAUUCUUGAUAAAUCUUCACUUGUGAAUGUCAUAUUCAUUGUUUGAUAUCAGGAACUCUCUAGAAAGGUCAAGGGUUUUCUCUGAAUUAUUUUCAUCUGUGUUCUCAAUACAUGUCCCAGAGUAGAAAUCUUCCAUACUCAGCUUUUAUCUAUUGAUCCCCACUCUCUGCUUUUGAAGAAAGGAAUUCUGUUUCUUGUGAAAGCUUCAGGUAUGUUCUAUUGUUAUCAAAGAUUUCAAUGGACUGUAUAAAACAGCAUUUUCAU